UCAAGUUAGGCACUAAUAUAUUUCAUAGAUAUAACCUUCUAUAGCAACAUAAACAAAUGAAAAUAGCUUAAAACUAGCUACUUUUUGUUAACAGCUAGGUCGAUUGGCUUCUUAGAUCGCGAAGAAAAUGUUCUGUCAGUUAUGCAUUCUGGUCAUUUUUAUGAAUUCUGUGGGAUUCAAGGCCGAGCGGAUUUCUGUUCAAACGUCAGUCAAAGGCUACAAAAGAGCCCCUGAUCCAAACAAAGAUGCCUUCAGCGACAACUUCGAUAUUUGUAUGAUCAAUCGAUGGAACAGGAGAGCACGCCGAGUUCUCAGGACCUCACCGACUGCUGCUUGUAACAAAGCACACCAUUCGAGACUGUGUUAUGGUUGGCGCGAGGGCAUACGUCGCCAAGGCAAUGCUCAGUACAUCUCUUGUUACAACACAAAUAAACUGAUACCCGAGUUCGCCGCGUACAUUGUUCCAGCCGGUACAUAUGUGGGAACUGAGUACACCCGACCAAGACCCUUCAGAAAGGACGAAGGAAUAUAUGCUCCAAAUCCACAAGCGGUACAUGAAGACUGCAACUCGGGAGAGAAGGAUCGAGAGUUUUGUAACCGAGGUCAUCUCGCGCCUAGUGGAGCAUUCAACACCAAAAACGAGCGUGACCUCACGUUCAUCAUGACCAACAUUGCACCACAGUGGGAUGUUUUUAAUGAGGGAAAUUGGAGAAUGGUUGAAAAAGCUGUGAAGGAUUACGCUAAAACCGUUCAGCAUGGUGUUUACGUUUUCACAGGAACAGCGGGUAUAGCGAAGUACUGGACAGUUAGUGUUUGGCCUAGAAAACCAUAUGUAGCAGGAACUGGGAGGAUGACGGUUCCUAAAUAUUUCUGGAAGGCAGUCUGCGAUCCUAUAACGAGAGAAUCCAUCGUUUUCAUUGCUGAAAACAAUGUAGGUGAGACUCGAACGGACACAGUGGAUAAAGGAACCUGUGCAAGUCAACCAAUGACCAGGUCAAAGGGUGUGGUUUAUUGCUACAGCAUGGAUGAGGUACGAGGAAUUAAAAACCGUAUUAGGAAUUGGUGGCAUGGAUUUAGCUUUCCUGACUUCGACCCGGUUAGUUGUGGAACUAAUAGCAGAGGCAAUUUUCUUGACUUUUAUCUUGAAUUUAGUUAAUCAAACUAAAAAACGUUAAAUAUAAAAAUAUUUGUCUAAUAACGGUAUACGAACCUCGGGCGUUUUCCUUUAAGCGGCUAAAAUGGUCAAACCGGUCAAUUGAAAUAGAGUAUUUCGUUAAGAAUAUUGCGGAGAAUUAUUGCGGAGAGACUCCAUCUCCCGUCCUAGGCAGAUGUAAUUACGACGUGCCUAAAUGCAGGGUUCCACUUUAAAAUAUCAUUAAAUUGUCUGUACUGAAAUUUAAGACCAGUCUGGCCGUUUUAACUGUGCGAAGGAAUGCCCUGUAAUUCUUCCGGUUAAUUAAUGGUGAAUGAACUUUGUUAGUUUGUUGUCAUGUCAAAUAACAAUAAACCUUAUUAUCGUGUGAUUCGUGUUAAUUAAC